AUGACUCAAUCCAACCCCCCGAAACGCAUCUGGGCUUCUCUAAUAACCAACCUCGACUACCUCCCCGGCCUCCUCACACUCUCCCACUCCCUCCGCACCAGCAAUACCGCCUACCCAUUCGUCGCAUUCUACACCUCCUCCUUCCCCACCGAAGGCCUAGCGGCCCUGCACGCGCGCGGCAUCGAGACACAACACGUCCCGAACCUCCAGCCUGGAAACAGUAGCAGGGUGUAUUCGCAUGAUCCACGGUUCGCGGAGACGUGGACGAAGCUGGUUGUGUUUUCGUUGACGCAGUAUGAGCGCGUCGUUCUGCUCGAUGGGGAUAUGUUGGUGAGGAGGAAUAUGGAUGAGUUGAUGGAUUUGGAGUUGGAUGGUGCAGGGGAGGGUGAAGGGACGAGGGUCUUUGCAGCUAGUCAUGCUUGCGCGUGUAAUCCGUUGAAGAAGGAGCAUUAUCCAGAGUCUUGGAUACCCGCCAACUGCGCCUUCACGACGCAACACACCAACCCCACACACGCCCAAACCCACGGCGCGCCCUCCUCGACCGGCGUCGGAAUGCUAAACAGCGGCCUCCUAGUCGCCGUCCCCUCGCCACACACAUUCUCCCUCAUCACCGAAACCAUGAACACGCCCUCGCGGACCGACCACUACGACUUCCCAGACCAGGAGCUCCUCUCGGACGUAUUCCGUGGCCGAUGGGUGGCGCUGCCGUACGUGUAUAACGCGCUGAAGACGCUGCGGUGGGAAGGCGUGCACGAUGCGAUAUGGCGGGAUGAGAGCGUCAAGAACGUGCAUUACAUUUUCGCGAAGAAGCCGUGGCAUGAGAAUCCUGCGGACGAGAUGGAUGAGACGCAUCGGUGGUGGUGGAGGGCGAAUUUGGAGAGGCAGGAGAGGGAGAGGGAGGGGGGGAUUAUGGAUGGGUUUUAA